GCUGUUUUUCUACCUUUUUCCCAGGUAGGUGCUACUUCUCUGAGAAAACUGAGACGGCCCCUGAGUCGGAGGGGACGGCAGGGAUCUAGGAGGCCUCCCUGACAGCAGGGGGCAGCAGCAGACAUGCAGGACUCAUCCUCUGACAACAAGAUGGCCAAGCAGGAACAGAACUCUAAGCACCAGGACGAACACAGAGAGGCCGAGGACACAUCUGAGAAGACCUCCCCAAAUAAGAACCUGAAGUCUCCUCAGAAAGGCUCAAAGCGUCUUAAAACCUCCACCUUCAAGGUGGCACUGCUGGAUUCUUCAGAGUAUGAGGGAGAAAUCGAGAAGCACUCCAAAGGACAAACCCUAAUGGACAUGGUGUGUGAGCACCUCAACUUGCUGGAGAAGGACUACUUCGGCCUGACCUUUGCUGACACAGAAAGCCAGAAGAACUGGUUGGACCCCUCCAAAGAGAUCAAGAAGCAGAUGCGCAACUCUCCAUGGCAGUUUGCCUUUGCAGUGAAGUUCUACCCCCCAGAUCCUUCCCAGCUCACAGAGGACAUUACCAGAUACUACCUGUGUCUGCAGCUAAGGGAUGACAUCCUGUCAGGCCGGCUGCCAUGCUCGUUCGUCACCCAUGCCCUCCUGGGCUCCUACGCCAUCCAGGCUGAGCUGGGUGACUACGACCUGGACGACCACGGCUCCGACUACGUUGGUGACUUCCGCUUUGCCCCCAACCAGACCCGGGAGCUGGAGGAGAGGGUGAUGGACCUCCACCGAACCUACAAGGGGAUGACGCCCGCAGAGGCUGAAAUGAACUUCUUGGAAAAUGCGAAGAAGCUGUCCAUGUAUGGGGUGGACCUCCACCACGCUAAAGAUUCGGAAGGGAUCGAAAUAAUGCUGGGGGUAUGUGCCAACGGUCUGCUGAUUUACCGAGACAGACUGAGGAUCAACCGCUUCGCCUGGCCGAAGAUUCUCAAGAUUUCUUACAAAAGGAGCAACUUCUACAUUAAAAUAAGACCAGGGGAGUAUGAGCAGUUUGAAAGCACCAUUGGGUUUAAGCUUCCGAAUCACAGAGCCGCCAAGAGACUGUGGAAGGUCUGCAUUGAGCACCACACCUUCUUCCGCCUGGUUUCUCCAGAGCCUCCUCCUAAGGGCUUCUUGGUGAUGGGCUCCAAGUUUCGGUACAGUGGAAGGACGCAGGCUCAGACCAGACAGGCCAGCGCCCUCAUUGACCGCCCGGCGCCUCACUUUGAGCGCUCCGCCAGCAGAAGGUACCUGCUGUCCAGGAGCUUGGAUGGUGCAGAGUUCUCGCGGCCUGUGUCGUCCAUGUGCGAGAACCACGACGGUCUGUCCCGCCGCAGCGCCAGCGAGCAGCGCCGCCUCCGCAGCCCUUCGGUGGACGAGCAGGAGCAGGAGGCGGAGCUGGAGCCCAGCCUGGAGCAGGACGAGGAUGACAGGGACCCAAAUCAGAGCCAGGACAUGGAGCAGGACAAGGACCAGGACGGCAACACCACGCCGAGCAGAAAGAGGGAAAUCAGGGAGGAGGCUGGCUCCCCAGCUGACAGUAAACAGGAGCUCUCUCAGUUGGACCAGGAGACCACUCCUCGGCACAAAAAGGAGUUUCUUGAUAAAUCUCAGGACGUCUUGCUGAAGCACCAGGCCAGCAUCAACGAGCUGAAGAGGGCCCUGAGGGAACCCAACAGCAAGCUGAUGGCCAGAGAGAAGCGUCUCUCUGCGACGUCUCCGACGGGAACGCCAGAGAAGAAGGCUGUGAGUAAGGGUAGUGAUCGGGUUGCUCUGUGGCUGCCAGUUCUAACACUUGACCCUCUCUGAGAAAGGCCAUUGAUAGUUUUUAUCUGGAUGCUUGAAUGUUCAAUUCUAAAUGACUUGCUUUCAAGAUGACCUGAUUUUAACCCAGACAGUUAUGGAAAGUAAAGAAAAGUUCUGCAUAAUUAUAAAGUAGAAUGUAAAAGAUAAAUAGUUUAUUUUGAUCUUUUUACAAAUACAGAAAUCUGAGUAUGCAUUAAUUUAAGGCUGAGUUAAGCAAAUUACAAGAAUAGAGUCAUAAUACUAUAAGAAUAAA